AUUCGACGCAUCGCCGUGAAUUGGUUCUCACGAUUGAUUCUUGACCAUUAACGCCAAUCAAUUUGAAGCAUUUGACCUUGAGAGCAAUUGGCAAGCGUUGACAGAAGUAUAACGAAUUGUACAUACCGAAUCUUGUAAAUAAAAUGGAUACUUAUAAAGAAACCGUAGGAUUUUUUGCCAUGAUAAUUACUAUGAUGCAAAUGUUAGCCGGAACUUUAAUAUGCAAGGACAUAUAUAAAAAGGGUACAACUGAAGGUACCGAUUCAAUGCCUUUUAUUGGCGCUACAGCAGUAUGCACAUUAAUGCUUCGAUAUGCACUGAUGUUGAAUGAUAGUGCAAUGAUAAAUGUUAAUAUAUUUGGUUUAAUAACUAGUAUAAUCUACAUGCUAGUGUUUUAUUACUACGCUCCGGACACGGAGAAGCUAUUCAAACAGAUGAUUAAGGUAGCUGGUUUUGUCGUAAUCUUCCUUGCGUAUGCAGAAGUGGAAAGUUCAGAAAAAAUUGAAUACAGAUUUGGCAUGCUGGUCACGAUACUUCUUCUUCUUUUAAUUGCGUCUCCUCUUGUACAUCUUAGGGAAGUUAUCGAAACGAAGAACGCAGACAUUCUUCCAAUUCCAAUUAUUGUCUCGGGUACUUUAGUUUCCUUCAUGUGGCUGUGGUAUGGUUACAUCAUUGACAAUACUUUCCUUGUCUUUCAGAACGUUAUUGGUCUUUCACUCAACGUAGUUCAGCUAUCCCUCUUUGCGAUGUACGGUUCCAAAAAGUCGCAAGACGGAUUAUCGAGUAAGCAAGAUUAAGGAAAAUUAAAUCUCACAUUACUUAGCGGAGUUAGUCAUAGAGCUCCACCGCUGGACGGGUAGCUCUGUCGCAGAAUAUGAAUUAACAGUAUCAAUACCGCGAUCGGUGUUUCUUCAACUAUGUAUUUCGUCUAGUUGGUAUAAAGUAACAGCUUCGUUAAAGUCUUUUGAUGAAACGAGUGCAGCUCAAAACAUGUGAAGACAUUCCCACCUUAUAAUGAUAUAUAUAGCUUUCAAUGCGAGAUAAAGAAGAGAACUACUAUGGUAGCUUUUCACUCUAUAGCGGGAAGUAAUAACUUAAGUUAAAGGGUUAAAACAGUCUUCCAUAUUUUCUAUAUAGUGUAUCUUGAAAACAACGUUUUGUCACCUGCACAAUAUAAUUUUUGCGAUUAACGGAAAUAGUCGUAAUAAAUUACAGGCUUGUAGUAUUUUAAAAUAUGAUAAAAGGCAAUUUUAAAAGUUUUAUACAAAAAAAUAUGUCAAAUAUAUACAUAUAUAUUUUAGCAAAAAGAAUGUAUAAUUCAAUGUAAAAUAACGUUGAGCUAUAUUAUGCAUUUUGCAUCGAGUACGCCAAAAUAAGCAUUGCAUCGAGUGCGCCGUACAAAAAUAGCAGAUAACAAUACGUACAUAUUUUUCUAAGAAUAACAUUCCUAUGUAGAAAAUAAAUGUAUAAAGUUGCGAAAUAAAUUGUUAUGUUUUCGAGUGA